UUGUCACUUCCUCACCGUCUCGCUUUCCUAGAGCAAGCCAUGGCAACAGCGGUCCAGCUGCAUGGCCAUCCCUUGCCACCUCAUGUCUCUCUCCUGCCUCUGUCAUUUCAAGUCAACAGGCAGCGCAUCAGUGUCUCACCCCAUGACACCACCGUCGCCUGGGAUUCGACUCUGCUCGAAUAUCUGCGAGACCACGUCAGAUUGACAGGUACGAAGCUCGGCUGCGGUGAAGGCGGCUGCGGCGCUUGCACCGUCGUUGUGCUUCGACCAAAGUCGAGGGCACAGCUGCAACGCGAACAGGAACACGACCUGGGCAACGGGCUGCCGUAUGACAUCCGAGCUGUCAACAGCUGUCUGAUGCCACUCAUUGCCGUGCACGGAUGCCAAGUCAUCACCAUCGAGGGAAUCGGCACAGAAAGGCACCCGCACGCGAUUCAGCAGAGACUUGCUUUUCUCUUUGGCAGUCAGUGCGGAUUCUGUACCCCUGGUAUCAUCAUGUCCUUCUACGCAACCUUGCGAAAUGCCGGCAAAAGAGGACUGUCGGAACGAGACAUCGAACGAGGCAUGGAUGGGAAUUUGUGCAGGUGUACGGGCUACCGACCGAUCCUGGACGCGCUGAAGACAUUUGCGAAAGCAUCAGAGACCGCCGAUGAUGACGAGUAUUUCAAUGGGCUCGAGGCCGUCACCGCCAACUCCCAGCAGCAGCAGCAGCAGCUUUCCUGUUCUUCGCCAGCAGGUGCUUGCCCUCGAGGCGAAGACUGCUGUCGCUUCAAAAGAAAGGAUGCCAGUGCGAGUGGCGGCAAGACGCCACCUGCCUCAGUUGAGUCGGGGAGCGAUACUAGCAGCAGUAGGACCAGCGUUUCCUCCGGCCAUGACUCUGGCUUCGCAUCUUCCAACACACCGCUGCCCGCUUCGUCUCUCUCGCUGGCAAGGGCUCGGAUCGCGUCAAAGGAGCCCGAUGGCCUGAUGGAAUACGAUGGCGCCAACGAACCGAUCUUCCCCGCGUGGCUACUUCGGUCCCGCGAUAGGGCAGAGGGCGGCAAUCGUUCUGUUUGGGACGACCAGGACUUGGGUUUUGUCGACGUGUCUUCGUCGCAGCCCUGGGGGUUGAACAAUGGCGAGGAGGAAGAAGUGGCCCCGGAGGACAGCCUGCGGCAGCAACACGAGAGCAGAAAGAGCGUCGUCUGGCUCCGACCCUCGACGCUCUCGUCUCUCGUCACCAUGCUGCGCUUCUAUAAUUCUCGGCAAAUUGCAGCCAAACUUCGCUCAGGUGACUCGGAGUGCCGGAUCGAGGUCAAAUCUGGCCACCGCGAGUACAGCGUCAGUAUUUACACGGGCAACAUCCCCAGCCUUUGCCGCUUCGAAUCCACAGAUGAGCAGCUCUCCAUUGGCUCGCUCUUGCCCAUCAAUGAUAUUACGGCCGCCCUCAAGAGUCUCUCGCGGAAGUUUUCAGGGAGUCUUCAUCGAUCUGCUGCCGUUCAAUUCAGUCUCCAGGUCUUUCGCGCCAUCAUGUCCAACAUCUCGCACUUUGCCUCGACACAGAUCCGUAAUGUUGCUUGCGUCGGCGGCAACGUCGCAACAGCCUCACCUAUCAGCGAUCUCAAUCCCGUUUGGUUAGCCUUGAACUCAGAAGUGCGUUACAUUGACGCCCUAGAACUCAGCGAGGAUGAUGUCUUGGGCGAAGAUGACGCCUUCUUGGAGCGUCUUGAAGGAAGAAUUUCUAUGUCGAACUUUUUUCGAGGCUAUCGCAAGACAGCUCUGCCAGCUGGAGCUGUCAUAACCCGAAUUGUCGUCUCUCUUCCACCACCGCCAGAUCCAAAUGAUGCCCAAGAGACAAGACGCUUCACGCGAGCAUACAAGCAGGCGAAGCGUGUCGAUGACGACAUUGCUACCGUGACGUGCUGCCUUUAUCUGGAGGUCGAGGCAGUUCCGCCUGACCUGGGACAGUCUUGGACCGUCAGAGAAGCCAGAUUCGCUUACGGAGGAAUGGCUCCUACAACCGUGCUGGCCAAGGAGACGGCCGAAGAAGUACGCGGUUCGAACUUCAACGAUGACACACUGCUGGAUCGUGCUCUCGACCGGCUCGGCUCCAGGGACUUUGACCUCGCUCUUAGUGUCCCAGGUGGUAUGGCUUCCUAUCGCAAAGCGCUAGCGCUCAGCUUUUUCGCCAAAUUUUGGUCCGAGGUCACCGAAGAGCUUCAAAGUGAAGUGAAAGUGAGAAGUUCGCUGCCAAGCGCUUUCAAGGGGCUCUCCGGAUCAGCUUUGGUGCGACCGGUGACAAGAGGGAGCCAAGACUUCGAACAGGUGCAAGUAAAGGUCAAAGGCGGAUCUGGUGAAUCGAUGCCCCACCUCAGCGCCCUCAAGCAAUGCGCUGGCACAGCAGAAUACGUUGACGAUAUUGCUCUCCAGGAGGGUGAAUUAGUAGGUGCACUAGUCUUGACGACGACGGCCAAUGCAAAGAUUGUCAGCAUCGAUGCUACGCCAGCUCUAAUGCCAAACGGCCCAGCAUUGUGGUUUGUUGAGGAGAAUGAUUUGGUGAAGCUGGGGGGCCGUAAUGCGUUCCUCUUCGAUGAUCGCUUCUUCGCCGGUAGUCGCUCCGAUGCUGUCGGCAUGGUCAUCGGCGUCGUUCUUGCAAAGACGAAACGCUUAGCACAGGCAGCUGCCAGGAUGGUCAAGGUCGAAUACGAACGACUAGGCCCUCCUGUGCUGGACAUCGACUCUGCUAUAAGUGCAGAGAGCUUUCUCCCACCGCGACCAAAGAUCCAAACGGCGACUAACGAGGAAUUCGACGACUGGUCCGAUUGCGAGCACGUACUCGAAGGGACGACUCGCUUGGGAGGCCAGUCGCACUUCUACCUCGAAACUAACGCCUGCCUCAUCGUUCCCUCCAAGGAGGGAGACGACAUGGAGGUCUGGAGCUCCACACAGAAUCCGAGUGAGACUCAGGCAUUUGUGUCUGAGGCUCUCUGCAUUCCCAUGAGCCGCAUCAAUGUACGCGUCAAGCGAAUCGGCGGGGGCUUUGGAGGCAAAGAGACUCGCUCCGUUAUCCUGGCGGCCGUCAUGGCCGUCGCUAGCAAAGUUUCGGGUAGACCUGUUCGCUGUCAACUCGACCGUGACGAGGACAUGCUGUUCAACGGUCAACGGCAUCCUUUCAAGGGCGAGUGGAGGAUUGGGAUGACAAGGACAGGCAAAUUCAAAAAGUUCGACGUGAAAGUGUACAACAACGCAGGCCACUCUCAGGAUCUAUCAAGAGCAGUGUUGGAAAGGGCGAUGUUUCACAUCGAUGGCUGCUACCGAUGGCCCGCUCUCCGUGUUCGCGGUUGGAUGUGUCGAACGCACACCGUGUCGAACACGGCAUUCCGGGGUUUUGGCGGGCCGCAGGGUAUUUUCAUCGUCGAGGACGCUCUGACUAAGGCGGCUCGCUCCCUUGGCUUGCUUCCCGAGGACGUCAGGGCGCUCAACUUCAACAUCGAAGGAGACCUGACGCACUACAAGCAACCUUUGGUCGAUUGGAAUGUCCCUACAAUGUGGCAAGAGCUGAAGCGCUCCUCUGAUUUUGAUCGGCGCAGGCGUGCGAUUGACAUCUUCAACAAGGAGAAUCGCUGGAAGAAGCGUGGGAUUACCCUUCAAGCCACUCGCUUUGGGCUCUCCUACACAUUUCUCACUCUCAACCAAGCCCGUUGUCUUGUGCACAUAUACGCUCAUGACGGCUCUGUCAUGAUUAGCCAUGCUGGCGUAGAGAUGGGCCAAGGACUUCACUCCAAAGUGAGCCAAGUUGCAGCAAGUGAAUUGGGCGUCGACAACGACACAAUCCACAUUUCUCAAACUUCCACUCGCGAGACUGCCAAUACGUCAGCCACGGCCGCCUCCGUGGGAUCCGAUCUAAAUGGUGCUGCAGUCAAAGAUGCCUGCGAGCAAUUGAAGGAGCGGUUGAAGCCGUACCGAAAACCCGGCAUCUCGUUCCGCGAGGCGGCUCACCAAGCUUACAUGGACCGUGUUAACCUCUCUGCCGUCGGCCACUACAAAACACCGAUCAAAGGCAUGGACUGGGAAAAGGGCGAGGGAGAGCCAUUUUUCUACUGGACCCAAGGCGUUGUUUGCACCGAAGCCGAGAUUGAUGUGGCCACCGGAGACAAUAGGGUCGUGAGGGCAGACAUCUGUAUGGACAUUGCUCGAAGCAUCAAUCCUGGCAUCGACGUUGGUCAAAUCGAGGGCGCCUUUACGCAAGGCCUGGGCCUUGUCACGAUAGAGGAGAGUCUAUGGAAGCCAAAUGGAGAUUUGGUGACCAAAGGUCCCGGCAACUACAAGAUUCCUGCAUUUUUGGACACACCUUCAGAUAUGCGCAUUUCUUUCAUGAAAGCCAGCCAUGGGAGGAAAAUGCAUCACCUACGUACCGUGCAAGGGUCAAAAGGCGUGGGUGAGCCACCCUUGACGCUAGGAUGCUUCCAUUUUUUCGCCAUCAAAGAUGCCGUCCGAUCAGCGCGUAUUGACCACGGUCUGCUAAAAGCUGACUUUGAUAUGGACGCUCCCGCAACACCGGAAAGGAUCCGACUAGCUUGUGGCGACCUUCUCGCCCAGCAGGCCAUGGUGAAGCCGAAAGUCGAGAACGAGCGAGAUUUCUUCGUUCGCAUUUCCUAGCCUCUCUUCAUAAACGUCGAUGUACAGUACGAUACUAUGGAGCAGAAAAAUCUUCUGCCGCCCGCGCUGGAUGUUUGACCACUUUUGUUGCGUCUCCUUGUCCUCUAGGUGUCACUCUUCGAUCGCGCUCAGGCCAAAGUUGAUAACGCGUAAAUUUUGGUGAUUUUAUAGAUUGGAAUCUAAUUCUUUGACGGUAAGUACACCUACUCAUCACGUUGGGAUGGGUCGCGGCUGUACAAGUGGCUCUGAUGCGAUUGCCUCUUUGGCUUGAAAGCGAUGCUACGGUCCAAAUCGAGGCAUUUGAUGUAGACGUCGAUUCGCGAUUUCAAGUCUGCCGCAAGUAGCCAUGUUCGCGAGAUUCCUUGCAGAGCUGCAAUCAGCGAGACGAGCGCCGAUGACAC